AUGGCUGCAAGAAUUGGAAUUGGUUUGGAAGAAAAUGAGAGCCUUAAGCAACAACAUAAAGUCCUUCAAGAAGAAGAUCGAGAAACUUUAUGUAUUAAUUAUGAAUUGAAAGAAGAACUUCAAGAAAAGAUCUUCAACAAACGUUCUAAAUUUGUAUUCAACUUGCAAAAAAUAUUACAAAUUCCUCCGAAAAUUCGUGGAGCUCUUAUAAUACAGGAUGUAUUAUUAGUUCUUAUGUGUCCCGCUGAAUAUUCGGAAAAUGCAAGGUCGAUUAUGAGAGAAUGUUUAUAUAAUGCUGGGUUGAUUGUAGAUAAAUGUUCAAGUCAAUUGCAAUUGGUUACAGAAGCUGAAGCUGCUACGAUAUAUUGCUUGGACCAGCUUCAAGAACAUGAACUUGAAACAGGAAGAAGCACUUAUAUUGAUAGAGAAUUUAUCAUGUAUUUAAGUAGAAAAGAUCUCGAAGAAUUUGCUCCCGUGAUAAAACAAUACAUUACUGAUGAGAAUAAAAAACAUUUGGAAGCGGAGGAUUGGUUAAUUGAACUUAACUUUAAUGACAUAAAAUCAAUGUUUGACCCUGUUGUUAAAAAUGUUUUACAGUUGAUUCAUGCACAACUUAAUAGUUCGCCUGAAACAUGUUCGGCGAUGUUUUUAGUUGGAGGUUUUAGUGAACCAAAAUAUUUGCAAAAGAGAAUUAAACAAGAAUUUCAACAUAGAGUACGUAUCAUUUUAUUUCAUAGUAAUCCUACGACUGCAAUUGAACUUGGAGCUGUGAUGUAUGGGUUAUCUUCUAUGAAUUCAGAUUCAAAUGUUAUUGCUUCAAGAAUUAUUAAAUAUACUUAUGGUGUUAAAACGAAAGACGAUCCAAUUCAUAGAAAAGUCAAUGAUGGGCGCAUUGAUAAAUUUGAUUGUUUGGCCAAACGUGGUACUCCAAUGAAUGUUAAUCAAGAAAUUACGUGUUCUUAUUUACAACUUUAUCCUACUCAACAAAACUUACCAUGGAUCUUUCCUGGCUCAGGUCUCGAUAAUCUUUCUUUCGGAUUGGCUUUUGGACAAAUGGAAGUUACUGCCACUACAACCGAAAUUAUGACGGGCAGUUAUGUUGAAAAAUUUGGAGUAGGUGUUGAAAAAUUAAACAAUAAAUUGACAAAUUUAUUAGAAGAAAAUAAGAGGCUUAAACAACAACAUAAAGAAUUUCAAGAAGAAAAUCGAUACAUCUUACAAGAAAGUGAAAUGAUAGAAAUAUUAAAAAAAGAACUCCAAGAAAAAGAUGAGCAAUUGAAAAAGCAUCAACAGCAAGAUUUUAAUUUUGAAAGACAAAAAAAUGAAAUGCAACAACUCGAAAUGAUGUCUCAAAAUUUAGAAAAAACUCUAAAAAUGUUGGAAUUUGAAGAACUUCCUUUGUGUGGUUGUGAUGACAAAAGUAUUAAAUCUGCCAACGAACCUUUUAGAAAAAUCAAAAAACACGAGAAAUUGUUUUCGAUUGCCCGUCCAAGAACGCUUAAUUUUACUUAUGGAAUUAAAGUAAGAAAUCAAUGGAUGCCAAGCGACCCGAUAAAUAGAAAAACCCAUAAUGGGCAUAUUAUUCGUUUUGCUAGUUUAGUUCGUCGUGGUACAGAGAUAAUUGCUAGUCAUACAGUUUGUGCUUUAUAUCAACUGCUUUAUCAUAAUCAAACUGUUGCAGAAUUUAAUAUAUAUUAUACUCAACAAGAUGAUCCAAAAUAUUGUGAUGAUCCUGAUAUGGAGUUUUUAGGGCAAUUUUCUAUUGAACUCCCUAUAUUAUGCCAUCAUGAACUACCUAAAUUAUUACUAGAGAUUACUUUUUAUAAAGAAAAUAUUGAUGUUGCUGUAAGGAAUCUAAUGACCGAAAAGAUUUUUAAAACUUGUUUUCAGUUUUGCGAGGAAGAUUAUUAA